CCCAUUUCCACCAUUUUCCUCCUUGUCUUUGAACCAAGGCCACCAUGGAGGAGUUCCACAAGCUCAUCCAGGCUCCAGCCAUGGCCCAUUUUUUCUUUGAGGGAUUCCAAGCUUGGCAUGACUUGCAGUAUUGCAAUAUGGCGAGGCAAGCACAACUCGGUUUCAUGUUGGUGCUGUCCUUGACUCAGCAACCAUUGUAGGGAAAAUGGGACUGACCAGCAUUUCAAUGGCAAUGGAUGAAUUCUAUGCAUUUCACUCGAACUACACCACCAGGCUGGUUCUCCAUUUGAGAGAUUCCAAGAAUGAUGUAGUGUUAGCUGCAUCUGAAGUUGUGGACCUCCUGCAAAAUGAGCAAGUUCAAGUUAUCAUAGGGCCACAAAAAUCUUCACAAGCCUUGUUCAUCUCUGAUCUUGGCAACAAAGCUCAGGUCCCCAUAAUUUCAUUCUCAGCAACAAGCCCUGCAUUAUCUUUCUUCCGCACACCUUACUUUCUGAGAGCAACACUAAAUGACUCUGCUCAGGUCAGUGCCAUAUCCUCCUUGACCAGAUUUUUCAGUUGGAGGGAAGUUGUCCUUGUCUAUGAAGAUACAGCUUAUGGGAGAGAUCUUAUACCUUAUCUCGCUGAUGCCUUAGAAGAAAUUAACACCAAAAUCCCCUACCGGAGUGUAAUCACCUUAUCAGCAACUGAUGAUCAGGUCAAAGAGGAGCUCUACAAACUGAUGACCAUGCAAACAAGGGUCUUCAUUGUGCAUAUGUCAGGACCAAUGGGUGCAAGGCUCUUUUCAAUAGCAAAGGAAUUAGGAAUGAUGAGUGAAGGCUAUGCAUGGAUCAUGACAGAUGGGCUGACAAACAUUGUGGAUUCAUUUGAUUCUCUCGUUCUACACUCCAUGCAAGGUGCUCUUGGUGUAAAGCCUUACGUCCCAAGCUCAAAGAAGCUCAGUGAGUUUAGUGUUCGAUGGAAGAGAAGGUAUAUAAAAGAGUAUCCAAAUGGAGAGCCAUUAGAGCCAAGUAUCUUUGGGCUAUGGGCAUAUGACACAGUGUGGGCACUAGCAAUGGCAGUAGAGAAAGCAAAUGGAUCAUGUAGAGUAUUUAAAGUGAUACAAGAGGAGAAGUUCAAUGGAGUGAGUGGAGAAUUUCAUCUUGUUGAUGGCGAGCUGAAGGUAUCCACUCUACAAGUAGUGAACAUAGUUGGAAGAGGAGGGAGGGGGAUUGGCUUUUGGACACCAGAACAUGGACUCAGAAAUAGCUUGAGCUCCAUUAAUGGUGAUUUGAGUCCUGUCAUAUGGCCUGGGGAGUCUACUAAAGUUCCAAAGGGUUGGGACAUUCCAGUGAGUGGGAAGAAGUUGAGGAUUGGUGUUCCGCUGAGAGAUGGAUUCUAUGAUUUUGUCAAGGUGGAGAUAGACAAUGUAACCAAUGCUGUAACGGUCACCGGUUUCUGCAUUGAUGUAUUUGAAGCUGUGGUGAAGAGGUUACCUUAUGCCAUAUCUCAUGAAUACAUUCCCUUUGUGGAUGAACAUGGACAAUCUGCAGGAACAUACAAUGAUCUUGUGUACCAAGUGUAUCUUCAGAAAUAUGAUGCUGCAGUUGGAGACAUUACAAUCAGAGCAAACAGAUCUUUAUACGUCGAUUUCACUUUGCCUUACACUGAGUCUGGAGUAGCAAUGCUUGUCCCAGUAAAAGAAAGCAAUCACAGGAAUGGAUGGAUCUUCUUGAAGCCAUUGACUGUUGAUUUGUGGUUGGGGACUAUGGCUUUCUUUUUCUACACUGGAUUUGUGAUUUGGGCCAUGGAACAUAGGAUCAACACUGAGUUCAGAGGGCCACCCUCUCAACAACUUGGCACCAUGAUCUACUUCUCCUUUUCGACUCUCGUCUUUGCUCAUAGGGAGAAGGUGGAGAACAUCUUGUCUAAGCUAGUGCUAAUCAUAUGGCUGUUUGUGGUGCUUAUUCUAACAUCAAGCUACACUGCAAGCCUGACAUCCAUUAUAACCGUGCAACAACUUCAACCAAGUAUAACUGACGUUCAAGAACUCCUAAAGAAUGGAGACUAUGUUGGAUGCCACAAUGUUUCCUUCAUUGAAGACCUACUGAAACAGCUGCAUUUUGAUAAGUCUAAGAUUAGAAGUGUUAGACCAGAGGAUUAUGUAGAUGCACUCACUAAAGGAAGCCAAAAUGGUGGAGUUUCUGCAAUUAUCCAUGAAAUCCCAUACAUCAAGCUUUUCCUUGCACAACAUUGUAAGAAAUUCACCAUGGUCGGGCCAAUCUACAAAACUGCAGGAUUUGGCUUUGUAUUUCCUAAAGGUUCUCCACUGGUCGAUGAUGUCUCAGAGGAGAUACUGAACAUAAUUGAGGGAGAUGAGAUGGAAGAGAUUGAAAGGAAGUGGUUUGGAGAUCUGAAAGCUUGUUCAAUCAAUGCGAAGACAGUGAAUUCGGCGAAUCUCACAUUCCAGAGUUUCUCUGGGUUGUUUAUCAUCACCGGAGCAGCUUCAACAUGCGCCCUUUUGAUAUUCUUGGCCUUGUUCUUAUCAAAAAACUGGAAGGAACUGAAGAACUUGGAUUCUGAUAAAACAGCUUGGCAAAGGCUAAUGUCUUUGUGGGAAUACUACAACAAGAAGGACCUCAACUCUCAUUCUUCAAGGAGGAACAAGGUUAGUGUUAAUGCAAAUGAUAGAAACUAUGAUAGUCAUCAAGAAUCUCCGGGAGUAGAAACUCAGACAGUUUCUGGUCAUGGUGAUGCCAAGACCAAUGAACCAGAAGAGAUCUCAUGUUCAGAGUUAACUAGUCCAAAUUCAGAUGCUGUUUUGGCGGUGGUGCCUCAAUAAGAAUGUCAUGCUUUAUAUUUUA